AUCAAGUACGUCAGUUCAAUUAUUGGCAGAUUAGAUUUCUCUUCGCACCCACCCCUUACUCCCCAGUCCUCAGGAGAAAAGGGAAUAAAUGAUCAGCUCCCGACUGGUGCUCACCGGAGUGACCAGAGCGCAGCCGGGUGACCAGAGCGGCGCGCGGGGCGAUCGCUGAACACCCCUCCCUCUUCCCGCGCCGCCUCCAGCGCGAGUGACAACGCGCCCUCUGGGCUCGGGAGCCGCGGCGCUGAACAAUCCCAAGCAAAGCUAGCCUCACCGGUGACAUCACUCCCGAAGAUACUCCCAGCUCCUAGCUCCUGCCUUAGCUGGCGUCCGUCCGUUUGUCCGUCUCCAUCUGUCGACCACUGGAGAGUGCUCAUCGCUUCCUGGGGACAGAGCCGGGCACUGAGGAGCGACAGGACCCGGAGGAGGCAAGGCAGCGAGGGAAGGAGGACCCCGGCAGGCGACAACAUGAAAUUCAGCCCCGCGCACUACUUGCUGCCUCUCCUGCCAGCGCUGGUACUCAGCACCAGACAGGACUAUGAAGAGCUAGAAAAGCAGUUGAAAGAAGUCUUUAAGGAGCGGAGCUCCAUCCUCCGUCAGCUGACAAAGACAUCAAGAGAGCUAGAUGGAAUUAAAGUCAACCUUCAGUCUUUAAAAAAUGAUGAGCAAUCUGCCAAAACUGAUGUUCAGAAGCUUCUGGAAUUAGGCCAGAAACAAAGAGAAGAAAUGAAGUCUCUCCAGGAGGCCCUACAAAAUCAACUUAAAGAGACAUCUGAGAAAGCAGAGAAACACCAGGCUACUAUUAAUUUUUUAAAGACUGAAGUGGAAAGAAAGAGCAAAAUGAUCCGAGACCUCCAGAAUGAGAAUAAAAGCUUGAAAAACAAACUUUUGUCAGGAAGCAAGCUUUGUGGGAUCCAUGCAGAAGAGUCAAAAAAAAUCCAAGCCCAGCUGAAGGAACUUCGUUAUGGGAAGAAGGACUUGUUAUUUAAGGCCCAACAACUUACUGAUCUGGAACAAAAAUUAGCUAUAGCCAAAAAUGAACUAGAGAAAGCAGCUCUUGACAGGGAGUCACAGAUGAAAGCAAUGAAAGAGACUGUACAGCUCUGCUUGACAUCAGUUUUCCGUGAUCAACCUCCACCUUUGAGUCUAAUCACAACAAAUCCAACUCAGAUGUUAUUUCCAACCAGGACAAUUGCUGCUAAGAUUCCAGAUGAAAAGACAAAAAGCAAGCCCCAGCAAAGUGCUCCUGGAAGCAAUGAAAACACUCAACUUGAGUCAACAAAGAAAGAAAAUCCAAGUACCAUUGCGUGUGAUUCUCAAGAUGAGGGUAGGACCUGUUCAAUGAAGCACAAGGAAAACCUCUCAAGAAAUGCCACUGCAGAAUCAGAGCCUGUCCCACAGAAAUUGCAAAUGCCUCCGUGUUCUGAAUGUGAGGUAAAAAAAGCUCCAGAGAAACAAUUAACCAGCUUUGAAGGGAUGGCAGCAAGAGAAGAGAAAAUACUGUAAAUACCAAGAAACUGUGUUAAAAACAUCCAUUUGCUCUUGUAUUCAUACACUUUUUAGCUGACAGGCUUGAUGGAAAUACUAAGUUUCUAAAGCAUGCAUUUUUUUUUCACAAUUUUAUGUAACCUUAUAAAGUAGCCUACACGUUUUCCAAAAGUUUCCAAGCCAAUUAUGAUCCUUAAGCAAUAAACUACUGGAAGAAGAUUUCCAGUCAUAAAUAUUUCAUUGUCAUCACCAAAUUUCCCCACAUAAGUUGCUUUGUUUUUUGAAUUAAUUUUUUAUUUGUUCUAAUUAGUUAUACAUGACAGUAGGAUGCAUUUAUGCAUUUUGACAAAUCGUAUGUAAAUGGAGUAUAAUGUUUUGAACUAAAAUGCAACAUAACUUUUACUUAUUUUUAUUCAUUUGAAUAUCUGAUACUUCUAUGCUCUAGCUGUUGAAAUCAGCUGGAGGAUAAUCAACUGGGGUCCUCAAGUAUUCUCAAAAUCCAAAUCACAUCAUAUCAUAAAAAUUUCAGUCUAUAUUAGCAAACUGGAGUCACUUACCCAAGAUUGGAAUUUUCUCUACCUGAAUACAUUCUUCUUUUCAUUGUGGUUAUUGUUGUCCUUAUUCUUCUGAACUAAUAAUAAUUAUUUUAUCUAAACAAUGCCAAGGCAAUGUUUUCAAGGAUAAAAUCAGUUAACAGAAGUUGUUAAAUACAUUUAGCAUCAUGUAGACAAAAUAUUUGAAUGAAUGGCCACAUUUCUGACGCGUCUUUUUUUUUUAACAUUUUAUAGACACAUCCUUAUACAUAUGUAUCUCUCUACUGGAGUUAUUCUGAACUAGAAAUCCAGUUAUUUGAAAUGAUCAGCACAAAUUUUGAUAUGAUUUCGGGUAGUGGAAUAUAGAAUAGGAGGAAGUUUCUAAAAUAGAAAUAUGUAAGCAGACAUUAUAUAUUUGAAAAUGGUAUUUUAAGAAAAUAAAACAGCUACAUGGACACAAAAAAACCAGAUUCUUAUUUUUAAAAUCAUUGUAUUAUUGAAAGCAAUCAAUGGAUAUUUUAAUCCUUGAAACUAAGUUUCUACAUGGAGAUGUCAAUGAUUAAGUAACUGCAUGUAUGAACAAUCUGAAAACAGCUCAUAAUCAAGGGGAAUUGACACUUGAAUAAUAAUCUGAUAGAAUCUAUGGAGCUUCAAACUUGCAGAUUCAAAUUAAUGUAGUAACAUUUUACAAAUUCAGAAAGCAUAUAAAACCACUGAUUCUAUAGAAUGAAUCUCUCAAGCUAAAAUGAAUGCAUUUGAAUUUUCUUAGAAGGGAGUUUAUAAAAACAUAUUAAGUAAAAAUUUAAUUUGUAAUCAAUAGAUGAACUUAUUCUAGGAUGGAAUGGUGUUAGUUUGAGCAUGAUGGCAUAUCUGAAGAAGUGUGAUUUGGAGAAUUUAAAAAUAUCACUAGUAGUAAAAUCAAUGUUGUGGUGUAGUUAUGUAGCGAUUCUACUUGCAAAGUAGCUUAGUAUCUUUUAUUAAUAUUUUGCUUUGUUUUCAAUUGCUCUUCCAAUCAGCAAAAAAUAAGACAAAAAAAAUUUUCAUAUAACAGCCUACUCAGAAAAGAAAAAGAAAGAUAAUUUAAAUCAUCCAUCAGUUGAAGCAGCCAAGAUAAAUUAAAAGACUCAGGUCUGAGGUUCCUGCUGACUCAUUUUGAAUUCUUAAAAAAGGGGAAAAAAAAGAAUGAAAGAAAAAGGAAAGAAGGAAGGAAGAAAUGUAGGGAGGGAAGGAGGGAGGGAGGAAGGAAGAUAGCUCACUUCAUUCUACAAGGGGUGGGUGGUGUACUAGUCUCCAGACUCUUGUUGCUUGUAAUUUUCCCACUGUAUUUAGGUGCCCUAUCAUCCCCAUGUGUUUACAAAAGGAAAAAAGAUAAUUUAGAUUUAAUUUAAAUUUAUUCUCUCACCCAUCCCCUUGUCCUCAACUUCUGUCCUAGCCCCUAUGGGUUCCAUCACCAAUUUUCUUAACUCAGAAUGUUUUGAGACAUCUAGAAUUGUUAUGAGAGAUAACAUUGAAAAAUAAGGAUUUGUCUUAAUAUUAAUCAAGUUUGAACAGUUUCAUUUUUAAUUGUUAUAUUUUCUAUGUUCUGAAUUCCUAUUCUAGUAUGUGGCAAUGUAAUCAAUUUGCUUUUCUUGAUUACUGGCUUGAUCAAGUGGGCUUUGAAUCAUAAUGUGCAUUAAAAAUGCACAGCCUUAUGCAUUCUUCAGGGUUUAUCAUGCUACAUUUAUGCAUAAUUUCACUCACUCCCCCCAAAAAAAUUGUAUCAUGAGAUUUCUAUAAGUAUUUGAAGGAAAUUUUCUGGGAAUUCCUUUUAAUAGUUAAGUAGGGGGUUGCUUUUUAAUAAGAUCCAUGACUGUACUUUAAUUAAUGUAUUUCAUUUCUCUUGAUCAUUUAAUUGCUUUAAAAUAGGACCAGAAAGGCUUAAAAUAUUUUACUUACAUGUGUUUUUUUUGUUUAUAAAAUAGGGUUCAUUACUAAUUAUUAAUAUUAACUGCCAACUAAACAGAUGGUGUUAAAUUUAGAUCCUAAAUGUCCUCAUAUGAUAGAAGUAUUACCUGAAAUGUUAACUAUAGAUAGUAUAAUUGGAUUAUGUAUUAGUAAUGAUAAACAAUGAAAAACUACUUACAUUUUACAGAAUAUGGACUGAUUCCUAGGGAGAAAAAAACAUACUGUUCAAUGGAAUAACUUGUUUUGAUAUAGGUAUGACCAAAACUAACAGAAAUUUGAUUUCUCUCUAGUUAUUUUGAAGUACUCUGUAAACUUUAAAAUACUAAUCAAAUACUAUGUGCUCAUUUCUAAGUUAGAAACUUGUUUUGGAUUUUGUCCUUCCUAUUAUGUGCAUUAACUAUGUAAAUUAAACUAGUGCCUAAAAUGUACAAGACCUAAAUGAAUGCCUACUGUAUCUCUCCAAUGACAACCUGCUCUAAAGAGAAGUGAAUGAUUUUGGUGACUCAUCUGGAUGUGGUUUUCUGUGCAAUCUCAAAUAUCUGAAUACUGAAUAUAAUAGGAGGCUAACUUUUUUUUUAAUCCAAGCAAAUAUUUAGUAUUACACUUUGACAAUUCUCUUUCAUAAUGUAUAAUCAACUACAAGUCUAAGACAAUAAUAUAUGAAGGAGACAUUUACUGUUUUUGAUGGACAGUGUGCAUUGCAGGACUAAAACAAUAUUUGUGAACUUUGCUAUAAUGGAAUAUUUUAUUUUUAUAGCAAAAGGUACUGUGAUUAGCACUAAUGGCAUGAGAGGCUGAAAUAAUUAUUGAUACGAUAGAGUAGGGUGAGCUGGCCAGAACUUGAGAGUAAGGAAACCAUACACCCAUUUAUUUAGGGGACAUUUCCUUACUCAUGUGCACAGUCUUCAGUCUCCCCAAGAUAUGUGUCCAUUUGGAUUGUGUUAUAUAAUUUUUAAUGGUCACGUGAUGAAGAAUAAAAGGUGCUGAAAAAGA